AUGGCGUUCGCUUCAUCGACUGUGGUGCUCGUGACGGUGCUGAGCAUUGUCGUCGUUGUGCUUGGCCAGACUAUGUAUCGGAUUAUAUUUCAUCCGUUGAAAUCAUUCCCUGGACCUUGGCUGAAUGCCAUCACGGAGCUUCCAAGUUCUUUGAGGCUCGCAAAAGGGGAACAGCAUCGAUACUACUACCGUCUACAUCGGAAAUAUGGACCUGUGGUGAGAGUUGCUCCGAAUGAAUUGAUAUUCACCACCGAUCAAGCGUGGCAGGAUAUCUACGGCCUCCGAAAUGGAAGUGUCAUGGAGAAGAGUCCGAUUUUCAUCGGCAUCGUGUCGCCCAUGAACGGUUGUGUGGGAGUUGGACUUGCGAGAGGCAAAGAACACACUCGUCAACGUAGAGCCUUGGCUCCCGGACUGUCCAAGAAUGCCCUGUACAAGCAGGAAGAGAUCAUCCAGCACCACAUCAACGCCCUGCUCAAGUUGCUGAAUCAAAUCCAUGAGAAGAACAAUCUUGCGAACAUGGCAGACUAUUUCUCCUUUACGACAUUCGAUGCCAUUGGUGAUCUCUCAUUCAGUGAACCUUUUGGAUGCCUUGAGCAGAAUAAAACCACGGAGUGGGCCAGUGCAAUGCGUCAAGUAGUGAUCUUCGCGUCCUACGAUCAAGCCAUACGACGCGUGGCAGGAGUCGAUUCCUGGCUCCGCAACGUGUUGCUGCGACUCUGCAUGCCUGCUGAAGCUACGAAAUGGAGGAUGUUGCAUGUCCAGAAGUCGAUAGAGAAGACAACACAGCGCCUCGCGAAACCGGACUCCUCAAAGCAAGACAUGAUAUAUCAUCUCCUUCGCGAAGAAGAUCCCAAGAAGGCCCUCAAUCAAGACGAGAUCAAAUUGAACAUGAUGCUCUACAUCUCAGCAGGCUCCGAGACGACUUCUAUAACACUUACAGCAUGGGCAUACCUGAUCUGUACCCAUCCAGAGGCCUACAAGAUCCUGACCUCCGAGAUCCGCUCGACCUUCUCUUCUGCACAGGACAUCAAGGUCGACUCGGUCAUGAGUCUCCCAUAUUUGGGAGCAACAAUCAACGAAGCCUUACGUCUCUUUACGCCCGGCGCUGUUGCUAUGCAGCGAAUUGUUCCUGCCGGUGGUGCUGUGAUCGAUGGCCAAUUCGUGCCAGCUGGAACUACUGUUAGUGUGGCUCCAUGGGCUGCUUCUCGCUCUCCAGACAAUUUUGCGGAUCCGGACGCUUUCAGACCUGAACGCUGGCUUCAGGAUCGGGAAGCCUACCGCAGUGAUGAGUUCGCGGGCGACAGGUUAGGUGCUUCCAGACCUUUUGGCUAUGGGCCUAAGAGAUGUAUCGGGGAGGACCUGUCAUACUUGGAGGCAAGGUUGAUCAUUGCUCAUGUUCUGUUCAAGUUUGAUAUGGAGCUUGAUAUGGAUGGGAAGGCUGCGGAGUCGAAUCGCCUGUGGAGUUUGCGGCCUGACAAUGACGGGAUCAAGCUGUAUCAGGUUUUGAUGAAGCCAGAUCUAUGGGUGCGACUUAGCGAGCGCGUCUGA